CGCUGCUCUACCGUAGAUGGCGGAAGACUCAAAGUAGAAUUGUGUGUGAGGCUCCAGUCUGUGCUGGGCGUGUUACUUCUUUCGAUUUUCGUGUAAAUUUCAUGAGAGUAACAGAGUGCAGUAACUCCCAAUGUUUCGGGUGGCAAGGAUGUCGUCGGAGCUCCAGUCUGUGCGAAGGCUUCGACAGCUGCACAGCCUUCUGCAGGGACACCAACAGCAAGGGGCCCUAGUCAUACCUAAUCUCCGCUGUAGAGCUGUCUACUCCACGGAUGGAAAAUCUGUAUCACUAGGAGGGGUGACUAAAACAAUCAAGGAGCCAGCAAGAAAAGAAUUAGUACCCAUCAAAUACUUGCCAGAAAAUGUACCUCAGUCCGUCCUUAGGCAUUUACGGUGGAUCAUGCAAAAGGAUUCCCUUGGUCAAGAUGUGUUUCUAAUAGGAGCACCGGGCCCAUUAAGGAGAGCUAUCGCCAUGCAGUAUCUGGAACUAACGAAGCGAGAAGUUGAGUACAUGGCUCUGUCAAGAGACACCACAGAAUCAGAUCUAAAACAAAGAAGAGAAAUCAAAUCUAGUACAGCAUUUUAUAUUGAUCAGUGUGCAGUCAGGGCAGCCACAGAAGGCAGGGUACUUGUUUUAGAAGGUAUAGAGAAGGCAGAAAGGAACGUGUUACCAGUCUUAAACAACCUUUUAGAGAACAGAGAAAUGCAACUAGAAGAUGGUCGGUUUCUGGUUGCCAGUGAACGAUAUGACAAACUAUUAAAGGAUCACACAAAGGAAGAACUAGAAAGAUGGAAGCUAGUAAGAGUGAAUGAGGAUUUCAGAGUUAUUGCUUUAGGCUUGCCAGUACCUAAAUACAGGGGGAAUCCCCUAGACCCGCCCCUUCGAUCUCGCUUCCAAGCAAGGGACGUCAAUCCAUUAGCAUUCAGGGAUCACUUACAAGUAUUAUCAGAAGAGGGGAGUGCUGUUCCUUCAGAAAGACUAUCUCAGUUGUUAUCAUUUGCAACAACGUUAAGAUCAGAGGAGAUAUCGUCCCUAGGUUUGCCAGACUUCCCUCUUGAUAAUUUAUCCAACAUUGUCCAAAUUCUGAAUAAGGUACCUUCCGCAUCUGUGCAUGGUUUGAUCCAUCAACUCUACCCUUAUGAGGUCUUCCUAAACAAAGAGGGCCAGGAAUCUGUCCUAGAUGCUUUACAGAAAUUUGAGCUGAGACCAGAGAAGUUUGAGAAGCCACCAAAGCAGAGGAUAUCAGAUGUUGUCCAACGAACCAAUCAGGAUGGUGGAUUCACUGCAGCUGUUAAUGUAGAGGUCGAAGGUCAUAUUAGUCAAAUACAGGUUCCAACUGGUGUAAAUGCUGAGAAGCAACAUGAUGUGUUACAUAAAUACAUCUCAACAUCAACUCAUGAUGGUCUAUUGGCUGAUAUGGUCAUGUCUCAUUCUGUUGGAGAUUUCUGCUUAGUGGGACCAAAGGGUUGUGGGAAGAGUGUUUUAGCAAGAGAGUUUGCAGAGAAGCUUGGAUACAACUCAGAGAUUGUCAUGCUGUAUCAGGACAUGACCUCACGUGACCUACUCCAGCAGCGAAUCACAGAGCUUAACGGUGACACGGCAUGGAGAUUGUCACCUCUAGUCAAGGCGGCACUAGAGGGCAGCAUUGCUUUGCUUGACGGCUUACACAGAGUGAAUCCUAGUACAUUAGCUGUUCUCCAUAGAUUAGUGCAUGAUAGAGAGGUGACCCUAUUUGAUGGUACCAGACUGCUUCGUCAUGAUAGAUAUGAUCAGGUGAAACAGGAUACCAGUCUCUCAGAUGCUGAGCUGGCAGAAAGGUCUAUAAUGAGAAUACAUCCAUCAUUCCGCAUCAUUGCAUUAGCCGAGCCCCCUCAAGUUGGGAGCAGUAGUCAGCAAUGGCUUAAUCCAGAACUACUCACGCUCUUCAUGUAUCAUCAUAUUAAGCCUUUGACUAUGGCAGAAGAAAUGACUGUUAUACAAGGAAUGGUUCCUAAUGCUCCUACAGAUAGCCUUGACUCCAUACUCCAAUUGACUCAUAGAUUGAGGCAUGCAGCUGAUCCUAAUUUGCAAUCUGUAGCGUCUUCUCUAUCGACCCGUAAUCUUAUCCGCAUCGCUCAUCGUCUAGCUCACUAUCAAGACCAAGGUCUCCAUGAUGCUGUACACAAAGCCUGUUUAUCAAGAUUCCUGCCCUCGCUUGCCAGACAGUCGUUGGAGCAAGCACUGGAGGAUGCUGGGAUAGUACCUCCUCCGAAAGAAUCACAGAGCAUUGAUGAUAUAGAGAAAGCUACUUCAUGUGAAAUCAAGGAUAAUGUACUACGCGUUGGUAGGACAGAGAUGGCGCUCUACAACCCAGAGAACCGCAUGAUGGUUCCAGAUACACUCUUUUAUGAGAAUCCACAGCAUUUAUCGAUCAUGGAGGACAUGCUUAAAGACUUUACUCUAGGAGAGCAUCUCUUAUUGGUCGGUAACCAGGGUGUCGGCAAGAACAAACUAGUAGACAGGUUCCUUCAUCUUCUUAACAGACCAAGGCAGUAUAUUCAGUUACACAGGGAUACCACUGUUCAGACUCUCACCCUUCAGCCCAAUGUUCAAGAUGGUGUUAUAGUGUAUGAGGAUUCCCCUUUGGUAAAAGCUGUCAAAUAUGGUCAUAUUCUGGUCGUAGAUGAAGCUGACAAGGCCCCUACCCACGUGACCUGCGUUCUUAAAGCAUUGGUAGAGAGUGGAGAGAUGAUGUUAGCUGAUGGGAGGCGUAUCGUAUCCGCCCAAUCUGGAAUGCCUCCCUCCGAUGACAUCAUCAUCACUCAUCCUGAUUUUAGUAUGAUGGUUCUAGCAAACAGACCUGGCUUCCCAUUCCUUGGAAAUGACUUCUUUGGCUCAUUAGGUGAUAUAUUCAGCUGCCAUGCCAUAGAUAACCCUGACAUAGAAUCAGAGAUGGCUAUGUUACAACGCUACGGUCCUGAUGUACCUAAGCCUAUCCUACGUAAGCUGGUCCUAGCCUUCAGUGAGCUCAGGUCCUUGGCAGACCAGGGUCUUAUCGCCUAUCCUUACUCAACCAGGGAGGUGGUUAACAUGGUCAAACAUCUGCAGAGGUAUCCAGAUGAAGGGCUCCCUCAGGUGGUGAAGAAUGUCUUUGAUUUUGAUGCAUACAAUAAUGAGAUGAGAGAACAGGUUGUUGAGACUCUUCAUAAACAUGGCAUUCCUAUAGGAGCAAGUACAGCUAAUGUGCAGCUAGCCAAAGAGUUUCCCUUGCCACCAGCCAGCCUAUCUGGACGAUGGUUGUUUGGUGAUAGAGGAGCAAGCAAGAGGAAGAUGAUGUGUCCUGUGGAAGAAAAGAAGCUCAGAGUCAAGGGGCCAGCACAUAUCCAGGUUAGGGAGCAUAAGCUAGAUAGAGUAGAUUCCCGAGCUUCAAGCUUCAACGAGCAGAUGGCAUCAUGGCAACUACCAAUGAAUGAGAUGAAUAUACCGACUGAUGUUGCUGUUACUAAAGAGAAGUCAUCUGAGAUGGUCCAUGUCUGUGUUGGGAACCCAAUCAGUCUGUACAGUAUGAAGCCUCUGGGCCAGUCUAUUCAGUUCCUGGACCUGUACGAUGUAUUCCCCUAUCUAGGCUACAGACCAGCCCAGCUUGCAGCCCUCGGUGGCCCACUCCAGGGACAGGUUGUUCUCAACGAUCCAAAGUCCCACACCAGUCUCCUCAUUGACCCAUCCAAUGGCUCCGUCUGGAGACUCUACACCACAGGGCUCCUGGAGGAGACAGUUACCAACAUCAGACGUACCGUAACCAGCGGCAACCAGCAGGACCAAUACAAGAUGUGCUCCGAGUUUGCCCAUGAGAACUGGCUGGUCUUCUACGUAGAUGGAGGAUCCAAAGUUGAAUGGAUGGAUGUGUUGAAUGGCGAUGCAUAUACAGUUAAUCUCCCAAUGAACAUCAAGUCACUCAAGCUUGCCUCUCCUGAUGCUUGGCUACUGGUAGAAGCCAAGACUGAUAGGAAAUACUUAAUGACCCGUCCUUCCCAUGAUGCACCAGUCAGUCAGCUGCAUGCCAUCUUUGAUGCCAGCCCAGGUGAUACAGUUGCAGACAGUGAAAGUUCCGCGUCAUCAGGCAGCCUCCCUCUCGCGGUAUCACAUAAAGGCUUGUCUAAAGACAACCUGAGUUCCGUCAUCGGCGAGAAUAUGGAUGCACCAAACAGGCUUAUGGCUGAUCCUAACAGCUAUGGCUCUGUAGCUGUCGGCUUUCCAGACUUGCAGUCUUCUGUAGACGUGUACAGUGCACCACGUCCUGCCCCACCUUCAGCCCAGCCUUCAGGACGAGACCCCCUAGCAUCUCUCAUGAAGAAGAGUGGUACAACAGGCACCACCGGUAGCCCUGUGGUACUCCCAGACUCUGCUCAGGUCGUCAGGGUCCUCAACAGCAAACAGGUUCCGAAGGAAGUCUUCCCAGAUGAGAAAGUUCCUGUGUCCGGUGAAUUCCUGGAAAUAGCUGACAUGUCUUCACAAACUCUCAAAUACAUCCCCAUUCCAAGUCCCACAGUACAUCGUAACUACACUCCAUGGGUAUCCGACAGUAAGAUUCUUACAGCUCCCACACCAAGCGAGGGCGUUGUCACUGUCGACUCAGGUGGUCAUGUGAGGUUGUGGGAGACAGGGCGCCCUCAGUUGUCCAAGUCGCUCACUGACUGGUAUAAAAUGAUCGGAACCGCAGAGGACGCCAAACUGCAAAUCACAUAUGAUAAGGAUGAAGUAGGUGAUAUAUCAGAGCCUAAGUUUGGAGAGAUUGAUCAGUCUAAUAACCCUCAUGUUGGCGGCAACCGCUGGGCCGGAGGAACAGGAGGUCGAGAUACCGCUGGUAUGGGUGGUAUAGGAGGUCCGUUCAGAUUAGAUGCGGGUCAUGACGUUCAUCAAGUAUCACAGGCUAUGAAGGAUGCUGUGCCAGAAGAGGUGAGGAAAGCUGCGAGAGAGAUGGCUCAGAAGGCAUACAAGGCAAGACUCAAGGAGAUUGAGAUGUCUGAAUACGAUGCAGAGACCUAUGAAAGAUUCUCAGAUAGUGUCAAGAGACAGGUCACUUCCCUUAGGGUUAUUCUAGAUAGUCUACAGGCUAAAGCCAAAGAAAGACAAUGGAUCAAGCACCAAUCGUCUGGAGAUCUUGAUGAAGUGAAAUUAAUUGAAGGACUGACUGGAGAGAAGGCUAUCUACAAAAGGAGGGGCGAACAAGAUCCAGAAAUGGGAAGUCCCCAGGAGCAUCCAAAGCGAUUAAGGCUUGUGGUUGAUGUGAGUGGUAGUAUGUAUCGGUUCAAUGGACACGAUGGACGCCUAGACAGGACUCUACAGGCUAUAUGCAUGGCUAUGGAAGCGUUUGAAGGCUAUGAAGAAAAGUUUGCUUAUGAUAUUGUAGGCCACUCUGGAGAGACAUGCGAUGAAGUCUUCCUGAAAUCUGACAAGGUUCCAAAGAACAACAAUGAAAGACUCAAAGUCCUAAGGAACCUCCAUGCUCACGCUCAAUUCUGCCUCAGCGGCGACAACACCGUUGAAGCGGCGAAGACAGCCAUCCAAGACAUCGUCAAGGAGGAAGCGGACGAAUACUUUGUCAUCAUCCUGAGUGAUGCUAACCUAGAUCGGUAUGGUAUCAGUCCUAAGGUUCUAUCACGCGUCAUGCAGCAGGAUGAAGAUGUUAAUGCCUAUGCCAUCUUCAUUGGAUCUAUAGGUGAUCAGGCAGGAAGAUUGGUUCGUAAUCUUCCCGCUGGACAUGGGUUCGUCUGUAUGGACACCAAGACUAUCCCUCAGAUCAUGCAACAGAUAUUCACUUCUACUCUGCUCAAAUAGAUUCUCUCUCUCAUCGGGUCAACCUUCCUGCUGGACAUGGGUUUGUCUGUAUGGACACCAAGACUAUCCCUCAGAUCUUGCAACAGAUAUUCACUUCUACUCUGCUCAAAUAGAUUCUCUCUCUCAUCGGGUCAACCUUCCUGCUGGACAUGGGUUUGUCUGUAUGGACACCAAGACUAUCCCUCAGAUCUUGCAACAGAUAUUCACUUCUACUCUGCUCAAAUAGAUUCUCUCUCUCAUCGGGUCAACCUUCCUGCUGGACAUGGGUUUGUCUGUAUGGACACCAAGACUAUCCCUCAGAUCUUGCAACAGAUAUUCACUUCUACUAUGCUCAAGUAGAUUCUCUCAUCGG